CUGCUUGCGGCCGCCACACGUGAAGUGCGCGGAAUAAACAACAAAUUGGACGGAUUCGGUGUGUAAUUAUGCAACAAAAGCUGUGUGAAAAGUGCCGAAAACUGCGAUAAUUUGAUGACAUUUGUGUGGAACGUGUGCGCCUAGUUGCAAUUCAUCGAAAUGUAUCGUUUGUUGAGUGCAAAUCGAGCGGCAGCAGUGCAAAAAGCACUGCGAGUGCCACCCACCGCCCACACAACAACAACAACAGUGUGCUGCGACUGCGGCAGCGGAAUUGCGCCUUCAAAUUUCAUCCAUUAUCAGCAGUAUUAUCAAAUGCUAUACCGCCAAAUGCCGGCAGUGACAACAACAACUGCAACCACAGGGUCAGCUACAACGCGCACACAAACAACAACACCCACACAGGCAGAUGCUUUGGCCCAGGCGAAAAAAAAGCGAUUGCGCAAGCCACGCUACGCUAAAUAUGUGGAACUCCUGGAGGUCACCGAACAGGCCAUCAGCGAGCGCAGAUCAAGGGUCAAGCGGCUCAAGUCCAAAAAGCUGGCUGACUUUAUACAGAAAGCCCAGCAGCAAAUCCUGGAGCGACGUGCCCGGGAGGAUCGCAAGGAUAAGAAGAGCAAGGGGGUGUUGGAUCUGGCGCAGCGGCAACCUGUGGAGUAUCAGAAGAUCGAUAUGGAGGCAUUGGAUGGUUCGAUUCUAGAGUCCGGCAUCUACGAUGAUCGGCCAAUGCUCUUCUUUGGCAAGGAUGAGUACACCAAACAGGUGAUUGCGAAUCCCGAGGAAAUGCAAAAUAUUCUCAAGAGCUUCCACAACUUUCGGGAUAUUAUCGAGAGCAUGGGGAAUGAUCAGCACGAAGCGGAUUUUGGGCUGAAUACCGCCAAGGUGCUUCCUGAAGAAAGCGACGUCUUGGAUCCUUUCGAAGCCAUUGAGCCUUACAUAAAUCCCCUGGACAAAAGCAAACCUGCUGUAACAGCCAUGGCCAUGCCCAACGGCAGUGCAGUCACAACCAAGUCCAAGAAACGAUUCAAGUCAAAGGUUCACGUGAACGAGGAGCAAGAGCGUCUGGCCAAACAGCGGGCACUGCACAUGAACCUAAAUACCUAUCUAAACGUUUGUGUUUCCGCUAACAUGCUCAAUCGCGCCCUGUCCACCAUUAUCGCUUAUCGGGGGAGGGUGAGAAAGAGUACUUUGCCUCACAUGUCCGAAGGCCUCAUCACCAUCGACCUGUACAACAUACUUCUACACGGUUAUGCGGCCAAGGGAUCCUUUGAUCGCUCGCAGGAGCUCUUUAAACUCAUCGAGGAGGAUGGUCUGGCGUUCAAUGAGCAAAGCUAUGCCGCCAUCUUUGAAUGCUUGGGACGCCUGGAACCGGAUGAACAGAAUCAGCAGUUCAUAGCCAAGUACAUUGAACAAGCUGAGAAGGAUGGAUUCAGUUUGAAUCAAAUCAUGGAUAUAUCGAAGUUUGUGGCCGAUCAGCGGGACAUUGCCCUGGAUGCCAUUCGAAGACUUCGUCCGGAUUUUAAGCCUGUCUAUGUGCCACCGCAACUGGGUUACGACAAUGAACUGUUGAAUCAUCUUAACGAGCACGUUUUACCUGUUGGAGAAGAGGGCAAACCCGGAAAAGAUGACUUGGACUAUGCCAUAAUGAACUCCAAGCGAGGCUACACCACAGCUCAAUUGGAGCAGCUCGCUAGGGAGCAACUCAAAAUAGAGCUGGAUGGAAGCAUUACCAUCAAGUCCAUUGAGAAAUCUAAGGAGUUUGCCAAUUCCGAAAAAUGCCGCGAACGCCUAAAGGAUUUGGAGGAAUCUUGGCGCAAACAAAUUUCGUCGGCUAUUGUGCGGGAUCUUAACACUCUGCGAGCUCAAGUUCGCUUCAAACCACAUGGCUUCAUGAACUACUACACAUAUCUGAAAACCCUGGACACCUCGCACUUUGCAGACAUCCUGAUCAAGGAACUGUACAAACUGGCCGAGGGCUCGGAAACAUUCAGUCCCACGGUGGGCCAGCUGUACAAACAACUCGGGCAGAAGGUGCAGCAGCGUUACCAAAUUGAGCAGAAGAAACACAACGGUACGCUGGAGAAGAUUGGCGAGAUUUACAGCUCGUACUGUGAACUAUGGGACAGCGGGAAGUCACAGGAUAACACGCGGCAGGCCUGGCAGCGUCUUGUGCACGAACAGCGAGAAAGUGGACCUAGCAUGGAUCUGCCGGAAGUGCCGUGGCCUUCCAAUGUUCUGACUGGCGUGGGUCGCUUUCUGUACAACAUUCUGAUGCGGGACAUCAAGAUUGACGCUCAUAUAAUGAGGCAAAAGAGCAAAACCAAAGCGGUUUCUCAGCCACAGAACAUGUUGCCCGCCUUCUACACUCUCUUCCGCAAUCAAGGACGUUUUGUUAAAGAGGAAGUCAAACCACAUCCGGUGCUCGCGAGAUUAUUUCGGGCUUCACGCCAGCAGACGCUAACCUUCGACUCAAAUCUGGUGCCCAUGCUGUGUCCUCCGCAACCUUGGAGUACUCCGCACAACGGUGGCUACCUGCUCAACAAGUCUGAACUGAUCCGCCUGCCUCACCAAGCCAUCCAGCAGUGGGACCGGAUAACCUCAUCCAACCCUCAGCACCUUUACCCUGCUCUAGAUUCCCUGAAUCAGUUGGCCAGUGUGCCUUGGCGGGUAAACACGCAGUUGUUGGAUGUGAUUAUUGAGGUGUUCCAGAAUGGUGGCGAUGCAAAGUUGGAUGUCCCUCAGCCACCCAGUUCCCUGCCUCCGCUUCCAACGCUACCGGCUAAAGAUGCCGAGGGCAACGCUGCCUCUUCGGCGGAUCGUGCUAAGCAAUUCCGGGACAAACUAGGUCAUCGAAGGAAGCAGGCCGAGAUGUACAGCUUGUGGUGCGAUGCUCUAUAUAGGUUGUCGCUGGCACAGCACUACCGCGAUAAAGUCUUCUGGCUACCGCACAACAUGGACUUCCGUGGACGCGUCUAUCCCGUCCCCCCUCAUCUAAACCACCUUGGCUCUGAUUUGGCUCGUUCAAUGCUCAUCUUCGAUCAGGCGCAGCCCCUGGGUGUCGAUGGUUUUAGUUGGCUCAAGCUGCACUGCAUCAAUCUGACUGGGCUUAAGAAACGCGACUCGGUGAGGGAGCGUCUCCUGUACGCGGAAGAGAUCAUGCCAGAUAUUCUGGACUCCGCAGACAAUCCGCUCACAGGACGUAUGUGGUGGUCCAAAUCAGAUGAGCCCUGGCAAACGCUGGCCUGCUGCAUGGAAAUCGCCAAUGUGCACCGCUGUCCCGAUCCCGCCGCCUAUCUUAGUCGCUUUCCCAUUCACCAGGAUGGUUCCUGCAAUGGGUUGCAGCAUUAUGCAGCUUUGGGAAGGGAUGAAGCGGGAGCGUGUAGUGUUAACCUAGCACCGUCGGCCAUUCCGCAGGAUGUCUACAGUGCAGUGGCCACGUUGGUGGAGAGGAGUAGGAAGACCGAUGCCCAGAACGGACUGCAUGUGGCAGAAGCACUAGCUGGAUUCGUUCGACGAAAGGUGAUUAAACAAACGGUGAUGACUACGGUUUACGGGGUGACCCGCUAUGGAGCAAGACUGCAGAUUGCUCGCCAACUGAAGGACAUCGAUGAGUUCCCCAAGGAUUGGGUGUGGCCGGCGUCCACAUACUUGACCACCAAGACGUUUGAGAGCCUGCGAGAAAUGUUCACAUCGACGAGGGAGAUCCAGGAUUGGUUUACGGAGUGCGCCCGGCUUAUUUCUGGUGUUUGUAGCCAGAAUGUGGAGUGGGUGACGCCACUGGGUCUGCCCGUGGUGCAGCCCUACAAUCGUCAGGAGAUGAAGCACUCGCCUCGCACCGGAUUUAGGGUGUCUUCGAACAUGCCGAUGGACAUGUAUGAGCGACCAAACAUCCUCAAGCAGAAGAACGCCUUCCCGCCGAACUUUAUCCAUUCGCUGGAUUCCUCGCACAUGAUGCUCACCUCGCUGCACUGCGAACGGCAGGGCAUCACAUUCGUUUCGGUGCACGACUGUUUCUGGACCCACGCCAACACCGUGCCGGAUCUGAAUCGGAUGUGUCGGGAGCAGUUUGUUGCCCUGCACUCGCAGCCCAUUCUGGAACAGCUGUCCGAGUUUAUGCGAAAGACCUACAGCUUUAAGGAUAACGACUUUACGAACGAUGGUUCCGUGGAGGAUCUGUCCAAGCGUCAGCUGAACCGUACUGUAAAGCAACUGCCGCAGAAGGGAGAUUUUGACCUGCGCAACGUACUCGACUCUGUGUACUUCUUCAGUUAGGAACAUUUCUACCUAGAAGACAUCUGCUACAGUGCCUAAUCGUAAUCGUAGUCAUUAGGUUUAUUUAAUAUACCAGUUUAAUUUGUUCAACAAUUCGGCUUUCAAUACCAAAAAAGAAAUUAUAAAAAAAACAGAAGCUACUAUGGGCGAUGGUGGAUCGACGCCAAAUGUGAUUUUGUAACAUUUAAUUA